UGUGUUAUUGAUACUAUAGCACUUCCGUGUUUACAAAAAGUGAUAGCGAACGUGUGUUUUUGUAUGGCUAAAACAGACGAGCUUGGUCUGUAUGGCCGGUGAAUUUUGAAUCCGAAUUGCAUGCAAACGCAUUGUGCAAUGUCUGAGCGCAGAUACAGCUCAUAACUACGCACAUAGAUCAUUAGCAUUUAUGCUACGAGAUGAGGAGCAGUUCAUCCACAUCCUUGGCGCCUGUGCGCAGUUUGGGCUCCGUUCGUCUAAAUAGUCCUUCGUUUUGUUCAAGUUCGGCACAAACAAUUGUGUUAUUAGAUGCUGCUGCCGAACAGUUAAUGGUACGUAGAGAUUUCCGUGCGUCUGUCGAGACGUGCGAGAGAGGUUUGGACGGCCUUGGCAACCUCGGUGAACAAGGAGAAAACAGUUUCAGGUAUGGAGAGCUGAAAGCAGCUCUGUGCGUGGUUGGGAUCCAAGCAUUGGCCGAGCUCAACCAGUGGAGCGGCGUACUCACAUGGGUACUUCGGCAAUAUGGUAGGCCUGAGAAGAUACCAGCCAAAAUUGUACAGAUGUGCAUACUCCUAUAUGCCAAAGUGGGUGAACCAGCUGCAAUGGAGGAGGUGGGCUGUGAUUGGCUGAAGUGCCAUGCCAACAGGAGCACACCGGCCUUUGGGACUGUUGCAGAGCUGUACCUCAUACACAUACUUUUGCCCCUGGGUCGACUGGUAGAAGCACGUGAGCUGGUGCUGGGAGAGGUGGGAGGUACUGCAUUUACUGAGGACCAGAGGCAAACGGCACUGGAAAUUGUGGAGAGUCAGGAGGGUCAGGGCCAGGGAAGGCUGAGUCUCUGUUCCCAUCCCCCUGCCAGUCCAAUCCAGGGCACUGAGCUCAGCACUAACGCAGGUGUCGCAGGUGCUGCUAGUCGGAGGCUGGAAGUCUUGUUGAGGCUGGUGUACAGAGGGCUUUCAGUGGCUAAGAAAGGCUUGUGGUCGUUACUUUUCCAGAGGGCCUUGCUGGCUGCCUUCCUACUCUAUCUGAUUCUAGUCCGACUGGACCCAGCUCUGCCUCCAUCCUUCCCCUGGAUCUCACGCUUGCUGCGAAUUCUCCGACAGAUGUGGGAUACUAUGUUUGCCCCAUACUACCAAGCUAGCUCCAUGAGCUAAACCAAAGUCUUCUGCAUUGAAGAAAAACUGCAUGUGUGAAAACGUCUUUGCAUACAUCUGGUGGAUCAAGACUACUUUUGUCUACAUGCCUAUGGAAGAUGUAGGAUUACAAGUCUGUUUUUUUUUUGUACUCAGAUUCUGAAGCCUGAAAAAAAAAGCCUUUUUAAAAAUCUAGUGGCUAGAUUA